GGACCGCCACCCGCACGGCGCGGUGGUAUAUAACCCGCGGGAGGCGGCGGCCUUAAGGCUUUCCGUCGGCACUGCGCUCCGGGUUCGCACCUUCACCUCCCUCGCCACACCCGCGUACCUGUCACUUGUCCUCGGGCAUAUAUCUGACCGAUUUCACGGGAGAGAGUUGGAAAACGGCGAUUCCUCAUAUGUCUUCAGCGGGUAAUCCCAGCUGAUCGGUAGGAAGUGAGGCAUAUUUCCUCGGCGCACUUAUUUUCUCCCGACACCUGGACGAUAUAUUAUGUGAGUAGCCUCGGCGAUGCCGCAUUCGGGGGGCCCCGCAGCCUGACCGCCGCGCCAUGGCCCUGGACUGGCUGCUGCCGGAGGGCCCCGCGGGGGCGGGCGCCUGCAACGUGUCGCAGUGCAACGCGAGCGACGCCCACCCCUGGGACGCCGCCGACCCGGAGGACUGCGGCAACGCCACGCUGCGGUGCGCCGAGGACCCGCGCACAGACGCCCUGCGCCGCUGCGCCUACGGCGUCGCGCUGCCCGCCAUCUGCUGCCUCGGCAUCCUGGGCAACGUGCUGAACCUGCUGGUGCUCACGCGCCGCAACAUGAAGGGCACGGCCUACGUCUACAUGCGAGGGUACUCGGCGGCGGCGCUGCUCGCCAUCCUGCUCGCCAUCCCGUUCGGCCUGCGCGUGCUGGUGCACCAGGAGACGGGCCGCUGGGGCAACGUGCUGCAGGGCUUCUACCACGUCCACCUCGAGCUCUUCCUGGGCAACGCCUGCCUGGGUGUCGGCGUGAUGAUGCUGCUGGCCCUCACGGUGGAGCGGUACGUGUCUGUCUGUCACCCGGGCACCACCAGACCGCUCAUGGGGCCCCCGAGCCUCGCCGUGGCGCUCAUCCCGCUGCUCACGUUCCUCGUGUACCUGCCCACCGCCUUCCGGUCCGAGCUGCGCCACUGCGCGCUGUCCUCCGGCGGCCUCGUCUACUACCGCCGCCCCAACCUCUCCUUCCAGCAGUCCGGCUUCUACUCCGUCUACAAGGUCCUCCUCGAGGUGGUGUUCAAGGUGGGGCCCACGCUGCUGCUGGCGGGACUCAACAUGAGGAUCAUGGUGGUCUACCGCCGCUCCUGCGACCGCCGCCGCAAGAUGACCAUCUGCCGGUCCACCUCGGACGCCGAGGACCACCGCAAGUUCGCCGAGGAGAGGCGGCUCAUCCUCCUGCUGGGCAGCACGUCCAUCCUCUUCCUCGUGUGCAUCUCGCCCAUGGUCAUCCUCAACGUGACGCUGUCCGAGCAGAACCUCAACGAGUACUCGUACCAGGUGUUCCGAGCCGUCGCCAACCUGCUGGAGGUCACCAACUACUCCAUCACCUUCUACAUCUACUGCCUCUUCUCCGAGGACUUCAGGAACACGCUGCUGAGGACUUUCCGGUGGCCGUGGUGCAAGAGCAAGCCUUUUACCGAGGCGAAGGCUGCAGGAGACAGGAAGCCGCUGGCGGGCAAGCCCAGUUCCCCGCCGACCACCACAACCACGACGACCAACAAUGCACUGGGCGGCGCACCAGGUGCUCGUCUGCCCGUGCCGCCCAGCGGCGCAGCGCAGAGACUGUGGCAGCGGCUCACGGGCUGCGCUACCGUGCAGGACAGUUGCAAUUACAGGCCACCAGAGCGUGCAAGUGUUUAACGUCACCCAUCUUUGCAUAUGUAUAUGAGGGAAAGUCAUUAAAUAAGUCACAAAUUGGUUAAAAAUGUACUUUCCAAUAGCACCAUCUAGCAUUUCAUAUUGACUUGGUAGCAUUUGCACCGAUGGUUCCCAAUGAUUGUAUGAUGAAAUAGCAGCGAGUCUUACUAUGGCUGAGACAAGUAACCCAAAAAAAGUUAUGUAAUUGGUUUUGUUAGAGAUUACAUUUAAAAAAAUACUUCCGUAGUUAUAAUUUUUUUGUGACAACUUUCUCCUCAUAUUGGUCAGGAAAAUUGUGAGGGGAAAAAAUACACCUGCAUAUUCCCAUACAUUCAGUCCACUCCAUGACUAUAAGCCUAGUGAUAGGUUAUCAGGUUUUGUUACCUCACUUCUGAACUUAUGAUGGCAUGCACUUAUUAUUUGACCAUUUCUUCACUAAACAAGAUAGGUGAUAACAUCGCAGAUUUCCUGCCCUCUACUGCCAAUAACUUCUCUGUUUUUGAAUGUUUCAUAAUUAUUUUUUACUCAUGUUUCUAUUAUUAGGCAUUUCAAGUAACUUGUUUGUGCUUUAAUAGUUAUUAUCAUUAAUUUGGGUUAGGUUUUAUGUACAACUGAAUGUAGUGUGUUUUAUUAUUUGUUUAACUGUAGUUUACUUAAUCACUUAAUAUUAGCAUGUGUAUUAAUUACGUUAUGUCACAUUUUGAAGCAUAUUCUGGGUGGUAGGACUAAAAUUCUAGAACAUAUUAAAAGGUUCAACAGGAAGGAAGACACGGGCGCGACACACUGUCGCCGGCAAUUUAGUGCGUUGUUGGAAAAACUCCGCACGUGGGUGCAUGACUGCGCAGCAAUAGACUGGAACUUUUGCUGGGCGCUGCCUCGCCAGCCAAUCAGAGCGAGCCUUGAGGUGGUGUGAUAUGUAUUUCCAAACUUUUAGAGACAAGCAUUUUUUCAAUGUUUUUUUCCCCCUAUAUGGUCAGGUACUGGGUUCUGUGUGGUGUUUGGUCGGUUGGCCCACGGGGUUGCCUCCCUUUGUUUCUAGCUUAGUACAGGAAGGUAACUGCGUGGAGCAAGUCAGUUGUCACUCGAUCGUCGCUACGUGUGGCCGCGUUCUUGGCAGCUCGCCAGAAACGAUGAAGUUACGAAUAGCCAACUUCACGCCUGAUGAUCGGGCCAAGCUUAACUUAAAAUUAAAACAAAGGGACUUGAUUUUUUUUUUUUCAUCGAGCGAUGCGCUAGAUGGAAUAUGUGAUAAAUCGCCUGGAACUGUAAGUUAUGAUUUAUUGUUUUUUUUUGCUUGUGAGGAAAAAUAAUAAAAGACCACU